GAGACCAAAAAUACACAAAUUCAUGCUCACUGUUACUGAAUGUUUUGAUGAAACCCGAGUUAACAGAUGGUUCAAAACUGUUAUGAAGCGUCAAGUUGAAGAGCUUGUUCUAUCCAUAACAUCUGAAAAACCCUUUACCAAUUAUGGGGAAAACUAUGCCUUGCAAGUCCAAAAAUUCAUGAAUUUUCUGGACACAGUGUUAUUUGUUCAUGAGAAGCCAAAAAUACAAAAGUUCCUUCUUACUGUUACUGAAUGUUUAGACGAAACCCGAGUUAACAAAUGGUUCAGAACUGCUAUAAAGCUUAAUGUUGAAGAGCUUGUUCUUUCUAUGACACCUGAAUACCCCCUAAUAUUUCCUCUAUCGUUUUUUACAUCUGAUUCAUUGGUGGUAUUGGAGUUGGAAUACGACGGCGUUCUCAAUCUCCCAAACACGAUUUCUUUUCCAAGGAUCAAGAUACUUCGGUUCACAUAUAUAGACUUUGUGAAUGAAAACUUGACUGGAAAACUCUUUUCCAACUGUCCCAUCCUUGAAGAGUUAAGCUUGUUUGACUGCGACUUUCACAACUUUAAAGUUUUAUGUAUUACAUCUCCUUCACUGAAGCACUUGUCCAUUAGGAAUUGUCGUCUGCUUCAUCAGACAUUGAAGGUUUUCGCACCAAAUCUGCUGACCCUUACAUAUGCAGCAGACUUGCCGGCAGACUUUGUUCUCGAUAGCUUCCAGUCACUAGUUGAGGCAGAUGUUCAAAUUUUUAGCGAUUUGGAUCAGGCGAGAAUAUAUGGUCCUUCAAUCAAACUUUAUCAGAAACUUUCUAAUGUAAAGCUCCUUAAAACUUCUGGUUCCUCCUUUCGGGGUCUCUCUGCAGCAAAUACCCUCUUAGCCGAUUUGUCUACAUUUUGUAAUUUGGUUCGUUUAAAAGUUAGUUCAGCAUUUUGGGGCGGUUGGGAUCCACAUGCGAGUUUUAUUUCGUCUAUGAAGAUAUUUCUGUGGUUUCUCCAACUCUCGCCUAAUCUAUAAUCAAUUGACUUCACCGAGGUGUCCGCAGUAACGACCUACAAGAUAAUGAUUGGACAAUAAAAUUUGGUGUUUCUCUCACUGCCCCUGUAUUCUCUGCCGAAUCUCAAGGGAGUUGUAAUACGAGAUUUUGUUGGGUGUAAAGUGGAGCUGGAUGUGGUAAAAUUCUUCUUGGCCAAUGCUGGAAUUCUUCAGACAAUGACUAUCAUGAUUUCUAAAUGUUUACGGAAAGACUAUAAAAAGCAAACGCAGAUUGCAUCCGAUUUACUUAAGCUUCAAAGAUGUUCCGCAAGU